AGUCAAAAUGCGAUAUUUACCAAAAUGGGUAGAUAAAAUCCAAGACACAGAAAAACAUUCACAAAGCCCAACAAAAUCGGGAUUUUCAUUCCGAUUGGGUAGCAGUAAACCCCAGACAAGUACAAAACAAUUGAGUAUAUAUGACCUCUGCUUUAAACCCGAUGGCACCCAACUGAUUGUUGCAGGUGGAAACCACGUUUUGGUAUAUGACACCAAUGAUGGUACUUUGGUGCAAUUAUUGAAGGGUCACAAAGAUAAAGUACAUGCUGUAUGUUACGCAAGGAAUGGCGAAAAGUUCGCUAGUGGUAGCGCAGACAAGACAGUUAUCAUUUGGUCAAACAAAUUGGAAGGGCUACUUAAGUACAGUCAUGGCGAUUCGGUGCAAUGUUUGGCAUUUAAUCCACUGUCACAUACGUUGGCGUCCUGUGCCUUAUCAGAUUUUGCAUUUUGGAGUACUGAACAAAAAUCUGUGCAGAAGCACAAAGUAAAUGUUCGAAUAAAUUCAUGUUCCUGGACAAACGAUGGUCAAUACCUAGCUCUGGGAUGUAGUAACGGAACGAUAUCAAUCAGAAACAAGCAGGGUGAAGAAAAACAUAAAAUUGAAAGACCAAACAAUCCUGCUAUUUGGGCAUUAAGCUGGUGUCCCAACAAAGAUGAUCCCACUGAUACCUUAUGUGUAACAGAUUGGAACAAGAAUUUAUCGUUUUACACAUUAGGUGGUAAACUAGUUGGGAAGGAGAGACAUAUUGGAUAUGAAGCUUUGAGAGUCAGAUAUUUUGCUCAAGGAGAAUUCAUUUUAAUUGGAGGUUUAAAUAUGGCGUGUACAAUGUAUACUAAAGAAGGAAUUAAACUAGGAUGUAUUGGUGAAAUGCAGAAUUCCUGGGUGUGGUGUUGUGAAGCUCACCCUAGCGGAAAUUUUGUAGCUAUAGGUUGUGAAGAUGGAACUGUUGCAUAUUACCAAUUAGUUUUUAAUAUGGUACAUGGAUUGUUUAGAGAAAGAUAUGCGUUUAGAGAAAAUAUGACUGAUAUCAUAAUCCAACAUCUCAUUACUGAACAAAAAGUUAGGAUUAAAUGUCGAGAUCUUAUUAAGAAGAUAGCAAUAUACACAGAUCGUUUAGCGGUGCAAUUACCCGAAAGGGUAGUAAUUUAUGAACUGUAUUCAAAGGACUCCAACGACAUGCACUAUAGAGCCAAAGAGAAAAUAACGCAAAGACUGGAAUGUAGCUUGUUGGUAGUAUGUUCAGAACACCUGGUAAUAUGCCAAGAAAAGACUCUUCAGAGUAUGUUCUUCUCAGGAGAAAAGGAAAAGGUUUGGAACUUCGAGAGUCCUAUUCGUUACAUUAAAAACAUCGGUGGCCCACCUGGAAUGGAAGGUUUACUGUUGGGAUUAAAAAAUGGUCAAGUGUGGGAAGUCCAUUUAGAUAAUAUACAUGCAGCGUUGAAGGUUACAGUGAAUGAAGGCAUUAGAUGUUUAGACCUAAGUCAACUUAGCGAGAAACUUGCGGUGGUAGAUGAUUCCGGGUUGUGCCAAAUAUUUAACUUCGAAACAGGUGAACUUCUUUUUCAAGAAGCCAAUGCGAACAGUGUCUCUUUUAACAAUUUGUAUGAAGAUAUGUUGGCGUAUAGUGGGGACAACACUUUAUCUAUUAAGGUCACAGAUUUUCCUGCUCACACACAAACGAUGGGAGGUUUCGUGGUAGGUUUGACAGGAUCAAAAGUAUUCUGUCUCAACGGUUUUAGCAUGAAUACUUUAGAAUUACCUCUGAGUACACCCAUGUACCAGUACAUUGACAAACGAAUGUAUGAAGAGGCGUACAAGGUUGCUUGUUUGGGGGUUACUCAGGGCGAUUGGGAAGAGUUGGCGCACGCUGCUUUAGAACACCUAGACUUUAAAAUCGCUAGGUUGGCAUUUGUUAGAUUACAGGAUUUUACCUAUUUGGAAUUAAUAGAUGAUCUUCAAGAUUUACAGCAAAAAGGUAACUAUCCUAAAGAAGUCAUGAUAGGCGACAUCUUGGCACAUAAAGGUAAACUCAAGGAAGCGGCAAAGAUGUACCAACGCGCAGGACACGAGUAUAAAGCAUUAACUAUGUACACAGACUUACGUAUGUUUGACGAAGCUCAAGAAUAUUUGGGAUCGAAUGACAAUACCGAUCUAAUAAAGAGAAAAGCAGAUUGGGCGAGGAAUAUUAACGAACAUAAGGCAGCUGCUGACAUGUAUCUAUCAAUUGGAGAUAAUCUCUCUGCUGUAGAAAUCUUUGCUGCCAACGGGUGGGGCGAUCAACUAAUAGAUUUGGCGAGAAAAUUGGAAAAAUCAGACAGAUCGACACUCCUAACAAUAGCCAAACACCUUAAACGCCUUAAUCACUCUUCAGCAGCUGCCGAAAUUUAUCGAAGACUUGGUGAUUCAGAAGCCGUAUUACGAUUACACGUCGAAGCCAAAGAAUGGAAGCAAGCAUUCGCCCUUGUUCGCGAUCAACCACAGUACAACGCUCUAGUUUAUGUACCGUACGCUCAUUGGUUGGCUGAAAGUGAUAAGUUUGUUGAAGCUCAAAAAGCUUUUCAUAAGGCUGGAAAAUCACAAGAGGCUUUUAAAGUAUUUAUACAGUUGACGGAUAAUGCCGUUAGUGAGUGCAGGUUUCAAGAUGCAAGCUACUACUAUUGGAUUAUAUCAAGACAAUACCUCGACAUGUCCAGAGAACAUGAAGAAAAAAGAGAACAAUAUUUAAAUUAUUUUAGAAGUAACGAAAAGCUGGCAGAAAUAUAUUAUGCAUAUAAUACGAUCCACAAAUACCUCGAAGAACCAUUUACCUCAUAUAUGCCAGAAGCUCUCUUUAAUAUAUCAAGAUUUCUGAUGACUGAAGCAACGGGACAAAAACAUAGGAUUAAAGGAGUUUCAACAUUCGCUGUUUUCUACACGCUAGCCAAACAGGCCAAGAAACUAGGUGCUAACAAAUUAGCAAAACAACUUUUCGACAAGAUUACUAAUCUAAGAGUGCCACUUAAAUUUCAAGAGCAGGUGGAAAUCGCAACGAUUGCUGUCAGAGCCAAACCAUACAGUGAUCCAGAAGAACUAUUGCCGAUGUGUUACCGUUGUUCGACAUACAACCCAUUGUCGACUAUAACAAAUAAUUGUGUCAAAUGCGGUGAAAAGUUUGUGUACUCCUUCGUUAGCUUUGAAUUACUGCCGCUGGUUGAGUUUAAAUUAGAGGAUGGAAUAAGUGAUGAGGAAGCCGUGAGGCUUAUAGAGACACCAAUUAUCGAAAAGAAAGAAGAAAAUUGGAGGGAAAACAUAUCCGAAACUCAGCAAACUUUACAAUUGGAUACCUCAUCCGAAGAAGAAUUAGACCCUUUUACAACCAAAGUUAUCAAAACCAGUGAAUUCCAACCGAUAACAGUCGGUAGAAAAACUCUUUUGUCUUUAGACACUUCCAGUGUUUUAAUAUGUAGAUGGCCCAUGCCUCUACGCCAUCAAUAUUUUCGAAACCUUCUCCCAGAAUUACACAUUAGCAUGUGUGAUUUUUGUUUCAAAUGUUUCCAUGUUGAUGAUUUUGAGUUGCAGACGUUACAAAAUGGAUAUUGUCCCUUCUGUAGGAGCUCUGCUACUAACCUAGUGGUGGAAUCCAGUGAUGAUGUUUGAUAUUAAAUUUAGGUGUUUAAAAGUACUGUUUCUAAGCUUUAAUACAUAUAAGAUUUAUUUUUA